GAUUAAUCGUAAGUGUAUAUUUUCUGGCGCAAGUCUUGGAAAAAAAAUAUAUCAAUAAACAAAACAAAAAGAGUAAUAAACAAGUUUGAAAUUAUUAAUUGUUUAAUUUUAAUAAUAGAACAAUAAAUAUGGAAACUCUUCCAAAAGAUUUAAAAGGACUCAGAGCAUGUUUAAAUUGUUCUUUGAUAAAGACUGUUGAUCAAUUUGAAAUAGAUGGUUGUGACAAUUGUGAUGGAUUUUUACAUAUGAAAAAUAAUAGAGAAAACGUUACUGAAUGUACAAGUUCAAAUUUUGAUGGAAUGAUUGCAGUUAUGAGCCCUGAAGAUAGUUGGGUUGCCAAGUGGCAAAGAAUAAGUACAUUAAAAAAAGGUAUUUAUGCAAUAUCAGUGUCAGGAAGACUUCGUCAAAGUGAAAUAAGAGAAAUAAAAAAACGAGGAUUUGUUUACAGAUCAAGAGACACUAGUCAACGUUAAUAAGUAAACAAAAUCAUCAACAUUUAAACAUUUGGCUUUUAAAAAACACGAUAAAGUAUGAAAUUAAUAAUAAUACCUAUUAUAAAAAUAAAUUAAAAUAUUUAAUAAAUAAUUGACUGUUUAUUUUUUAUGAAUUAAUGAAUUUUUUUUUCUCAAUUACAACUUAGACAAUUGAGAUUUUUUAUAACAUUAAUCAUUGAGCAAAACAUUAUAACAAUAAAUAAAUAAUCAUUGAAUUUUUGGUUUAAUAAAAAAUAUAAAAAACUAUUUUAUUAAUCAACGUAUUUUUAUUAAUCAGUGAUACAAAAUUACAUAAAUUAUUAUCCAAAUUUGAUUGUCAAUCAGUACUUUAAUAUUAGCCAUUAAAAUAAUAGUGAAAAUAUAAAAUUUAACUGAUGUUAUUGGAAAUGAAAAAUGAUUGUGAAAUACUGAAAUUAAUUAUAUAAAACAAAAAGAUAUAUCGCAACGCUAAAUUAAUAAACGAUUGAAAAAAAUAAAAAAACAAUAAUGUAAAUUAUAGAAAGGAAAAAAAAAAAAAAAG